AUGGGUUUUGAAGUCCAGAUAACAUUCAAACCUGAAAAGGAUCACGGGCUACUUCUGUAUAAUGGCCAACAAGAGGAUGGCAGUGGAGACUUCAUAUCUGUAGGUCUGACCAAUGGCUAUGUGGAGUUCCGCUUUGAGCUAGGCUCAGGAGUUGGAUACCUGAGAAGCCACCAGCCAGUGCAGAUGGACACCUGGCCACUGUUCAGAUCAGCAGAGAAAAGAAGGACGUCAGAAGUUACCGGAACAUCUCAGGGACGGAUGAUGGGGUUGGACUUGACUCAGCCUCUGUUUGUGGGGAGCGUGCCAAGCUUCGACAAAAUCUCGCGUGAUAAUGGCUACAACAUUGGCUUCGUGGGCUGCGUGAGUGAAAUCAAGUUUGGCAGCCAUACCUUGGACUUGGUGAAGGACUCGGAGCAAGUUCACGUGGCCAUGUGUGCUGCUAUCACAAAUUUUUCAGAGGUGUCCAUAGUGGAGCCUGCAUUUGAUGAUGAUGCCUUUGCGGCAUACCCAACACCUAAGAGCUCCCAGAACAGUCUGAAGGUGCACAUGAAGAUCAAGCCAAACAACCUGGAUGACUGCCUGCUUGUCUACUGUGCUCAGUACCUGACCAGAAAGGAGACUUUACCUCCAUUGGAAUCCGCAUGGAAGGGGGAUGUCAAGGUUGGAAACCUAGUCAUCAGAAAGGUGGCACAAGGUCCAGCGAUAAUCAGGCAUCCUGAAAGGCUUCGGGCAAAUGAGUGGAUCACUCUGUCUGCAUCAAGGCGUGCUCAGAAUGGUGAACUGGUGGUGAAUGAUGGCCAUAGGGAAGUGGGACGUUCACCUGGUCACACUCAGGGAGUGAAUCUCAACACCCCCAUGUAUGUCGGUGGUGUGGACAAGACCAAAGUCACAGUUCACCCAGAUGCUGGUGUGUCACACGGCUUUGAGGGCUGCGUUGCGCAUGGAGGCGGGGGCCGGAGACUAGCCCUGCAGAGCCCCCCUUCCUCGGGCGGCGGCCAGACCUUGGGUCUUGGCGGCGAGCCGGCCAUCUCGUCGCACGGAGGGCACAUGCGAUAA